UUCUCUACAUCGUUAAAUGGUGGAUUGCGGCCGCUUCCCAUCUCUGCAUCCCUCAUUUUAAUACUUUUGAUCUAGGUCGGUGUAUAUUAUCAUCAGUGAAGCAAGAUGGCGUUAAUGAAUAAAUGUUUUUGUUGUGGAUUAAGGAGUGGAUCCAUUAUGAGUGCAAUUUAUUGUAUGAUCUUUUCUGGAAUUUCGGUGGCACUUGCGGCGUACUACGUCUUCAAGCAUGGAACCCUUAGUUCUGGCGAAACAAGUGUCUUCGUCAUCAACGCCCUCGAAAUCAUUUUCUUCAUCACUAUCCUCAUCGUCUCAAUCCUCCUACUCUGCGCUAUUUUUCGGGAAGCGCCUAAAUUCUUCAUCCCUUUCAUCAUAGUGAUGUUUAUCUUCGUCAUCAUACAAACCAUCAGUCUCAUCAUCAUCAUUGUUAAUCUGGCGAUGAAUGGUUUCGAUGGAAUGGACUUCUUUUUCAUCCUGUACAACAUCUUGUGUUUGGUCAUUAAUAUCCUGUGCGUAGUUUGUGUGACGUCAUACUAUCAGGUGUCACGUGACAGCGUCGAUGCCGCCGCUCCUGCCGCCAAUUACGCAUAGACCUCACCAUCAUAGACUCGGUCCUCUUCUUUAUUUUCUUUAAAAUGUCUUUUUGUUGAAGUUGAUGAAGCCAUGAGCAGUGAUAAAAUUUGAUCCCGGUGAAGUGAUCCCCGCCCCUCCCCACUCAAAACUUAAAAUAAGAUUUUUCAAACAUCAGGUGACAUGAUGGUAUGAAACUAAAGUUGUUA